GGAAUAAACGAAGAGCGUGCGCCCAUUGUUGUGACACCUGCCGGCACAUCCUCCUCAUAAAACCAAGCCCCGCAUCGCUGCUCCAUGAGCUGGUGGCCAUUAGUUCAAUCAUCGGCAUUGGAGGCGGUGCCCUGGUGGUCCUUUAUGCUGCCAUAAUAGUUCCCUUCUUUGUUGACACACAGGGCGUAAAAUGGAAACUUGAGAAGUGAAAGCGAAGGCGAAAGUGAAACAAACUGGGCCUGAAGUAAGAUGUCAGUAGCGUUAGUACAAAAGGCGACGGAAACUCAACUCGACCAGUCAGCGGAAGUGGGCGUGGCACAGCUGGCAACCAUAUCGCUGCUUUUGCAAUACGACAUAGACAAUACGCUGAAUGCGCUCAAGGAGCAAAAAAAGAUGACGCUGGAUGCUCGAUUGGGCGGCGAUUUGCCAUCCGUGAUCACCAACAACAACAAGCAGGACAUAAUCGACAAGGACAUUAAUCGCAACAUGCCGGAGCACACGGAACUGGAGGAUCUGGGUCUCAAAAGUACGGAGUCCUGUAUGCCGCCCACACCGCCGGCCACGCCCAACCUGCAGAACACCGCCCAGAAGCGCUGGAAGAUCCUGGCCAAGGUGCUGCGCAAGGACUCCGAGGAGACAGUGUCCUCCUCCAGCGAUGAGUUCACCGAGGAGCAAACUGCCUCUGUGCGCCGCUUCAAGAGCUUCGAUCUACUCCGGCAGGACAGCUUCGAGGAUCACGUGAGUCUUAAGUGCUUGGGAAAGACGGAGAACUGGUAUAAGUACCGCAUGCAGCUGGAGAACGAUUCCGAAUACUCGGUGAACAUACAUCAUAUGGAGCGUCAGCUGACCGCCAGCGAUUUGAUGGGCUUCAACAACACGGGCAACAUAUGCGUUUGGCCAUCGGAGGAGGCCUUGACCGCUCUAGUUCUCUCCGAGGUGGCCUCCUACCGGGGCAAAUGGAUCCUGGAACUGGGCGGCGGGUUCACCUCCUUGGCCGGGCUUAUGCUGGCCAAAUAUGCCACUCCCUAUGCCGUCCAUCUGACCGAUGGCAAUGAGAUAUCGGUGGAGAAUGUGCGAAAAACCGUUUGCCUCAACGAGCUGAGCUGCUACACCAAGUGCUCGGUUUUAAAAUGGCAGGAGAAGUGCGCCCGGUCGCAGGCGGAACAGGCCAAGUUCGACUUUAUCCUCUGCGCCGAUUUGUUCUUCGAUGAGGCCCGAUCCGCCCUGGUGGAUACCAUAUGGUACUAUUUGGCCCCCGAGGGAUCGGCCUUAAUUAUGGCCCCCCGUCGUGGACGCACCUUAAGUGUUUUCCAGGACGAAUGCGUGGCCAGGGGCUUCCGGGUGGAGUUGGCCACUCGGUAUAACGAGACCAUCUGGCAGCGGCAUCUCCAAUUGAAGGCCGAUUCCGCCUUGUACGACGAGGAUCUCCAUUAUCCUCUGCUCCUGCGAUUGUGCAAGUCACACAGCUAGGAGAAAGUCGAAGGGGGAGGGAGGACAUGGAAAGCCAUGGGAGUUGGCUGCAGUAGUAGGUGCAAUUAAAUUUAGUCAAUGUUUUAGUUGAUAGCAAGCAAAUUCCAGUUUACACCUUAAACAACAAUGAGGCCAACCUGCACAGGUCUCGACGAACAAAAAGAAAAUUCCUCCCACACUGAAGCAAAAAUGUAGCAAGUCAAACUCAUUAGGCUGGUGCUAAAAAUGAACGUGAAAUGUAUGGCAAAACAAUGUUUGAUUGAAAAUAUAUGCGAUUUAUAAGAGGAAAAAUUACUUGUACAGAGACAGCGAGGAUUUGAUUUAUCUUAAUGAUUUAUUUUGCGUUUCUUUCGGUUUAAGCGUAUUGCUUAAAUGCAUUGUUUUUAAUAGAUAAUGAAUAUGCCAAUACAGAAAAAGAUACAUAAAAUAUAAAGGGCAACAAGGUCCGUUGUUUAAUAUCCUUUUAAGACCUUAAUCUAUGGAAGAUCAAGUGAAAAAUUCAUACAAAUUUUUACCAAAAAAUACGGGCUGAAAACUUUUAAAAAUUUUACAAUUAAGCCCAUUUGGGACUUUUACAGCCAUAUCUAUAAUACUCAAGGUACAUUUUGAAAUAAAAUUGUUGGAACAUACUCACAGCUUUAAAGCACCAGUCUAGUGAUCACCUUUAGCACGUAAUUCACUGUUAAGUUGUGUAACAAACAAUUCCUUUGAUAUGUAAAUUUGAUUUGCGUUGAUUCCACAAGUUUUGUAACUAUUAUUUUUACAAAUACUCCUCGUUAUGUAUAUGUAGUUACCUUUACCUUUACCUUUCACCCACAAUCAACACCCUCAACCACCCACCCACACACACACACAAGUAUUAUUUAAAUAUAAUGUAAACGCUGAAUAGCAUACUUUUGGGCUGCUUUCGUUGAAGCGCAGAGAACACCCGCAACUGGCGAUAAUAUGGAUGGAUUCCCGGAAACCAUACACAAAGCAGCAGCGCUCGACCAAUUAAUUAAUAGUUAACUAAACUUAGUAUACUGUAAUUACCUAGAGCAUGUGUUAAUGGUUAUAUGAUGAUGAUGAGAUAAAUACAGUAUCGAAAUGCCACAUA